UUCGAAGAGAAUGUGUAUAAGUCAGAGGGUGGUGACAGUGAAGGCGAAGAAAGUGAUGACAGUAGCAAAGGUCGAAAACGCACAGAUCGUAAAGGAGAUCGAAAGAAACGCCGUGAAGAUGACGAAUAUCGACCGGAUGAAUUAGCUUUUAACAAGAGCGAAUACUUCAAGAUUGAAAAAGUACUUGGACAGUUUGGUUGGGGUCGAUGGAAAGUGAUGCGUGGCAUGUGUGAUGUGAAAGAAUGCGUCACUGAAGCUGACAUUGAACACAUCUCAAGAACAUUGCUGCUGCACUGUAUUCGUGAAUAUCGUGGUGAUGAGAAAAUACGCGAAUUUGUUUGGCGUUUGAUAAUCCCCAAAGGCGCCCAGGUCGCCGGUAAAAAUGCACCAAAAAAGAAAAGUACCGUUCUGACAUCAGUAUUCCAUGAAGGCUGGGCAGCACUGCCCGAAUACAAUCCUCCGGCUUUUGCUGUGGACUCCUCUUUCCAGCGCCAUGUGAUUGGAAGCAAAAGUGAAGAAAUAAUGAAUGGUACAAAAGCGGAGGAGAUUGAUUUGACAGUUGACUGGAAUGAUGCAUUUGUAACGGGAUGGGAUAACGAAUGCGACAAAUCUUUCCUGAUCGGAGCGCAUAAACACGGUUUGGAGAAUAUCGAUGCAAUACGUGCCGAUCCAGCGCUCUGCUUUGGUUCGAAAGAAAUCGAAGUUUUUCCUAACAUUGCGGAUUUAUUGAAUCGUUUCCGGCGACUGUUGACGCAUUUCCAGAGGAAGAGGCAUGAUUCGUUGACAUUUGCAACGUAA